AUGGCUUGUUAUUUGCCAGGCCACGCCAAGAUUGAACCGCUUGGGCCUCACAGUUUCAAAUUCGAGGUGCAAAACAUGCGUUCUCCGCAAAGCCUCGUGAACUGUGCUCAGCGAACCGGACACUUCAAGAAGUGCUGGGAGUGCCCAGGCUGUGAGCUCUACGUGCCCGGCACCCAGGCCAAGAUCAUUCCCAAGGCUGCAAAAUCUGCCGCGGAUGUCGUGGACACUCGGCGAACACAUUCUGUCUUGGAUGUGAUGGACCUUGAAGACUCGGUUGCCGUUGGAGAGAAGGAAAUCGCCCGGAAGAACGUCAUCCAAGCGCUGAAGGAAGUCGACUUUGGCAAGAAGACGGUUGCCGUCAGAAUCAACGGCCUGUAUAGCCACCACAUGUACCGCGAUGUCGUUGACAUCAUCGAACAGGCGGGGGAGCGGUGCGACAUGUUCGUCAUUCCCAUGGUUGGCAACGGAAAGGACGUCUACAUGGCAGACUCCUUGGUCAGCCAGGUAGAGGAGUUCAUGGGGCGCAAGAAGAAGAUUGGGUUCGGGCUCAUCAUCGAAGCCACGAUGGGUAUGAUGAACAUCCACGAGAUUGCCGCGGCGUCCAAGCGGAACGAGUCUCUCCACUUCGGCGUGGCGGACUACGCGGCCUCCACAAAGUCACGGACCACAAACAUCGGCGGACCAAACAAGCUCUACGGCGUGCUCACGGACAAGGAUGGCGACAAGGCCCGCGACUUCUUCUGGGGCGACCCCUGGCACUAUGCCAUGGCCAGGAUCGUUGUGGCAGCGCGCGCGAACGGGCUUCGCCCCGUGGACGGGCCCUUCGGCGACAUCGCAGACCCCGAUGGCUACAAGGCACAGUGCGAACGCGGAGCUGCCCUUGGCAUGGAGGGAAAAUGGGCCAUCCAUCCCAGCCAGGUAGCGCUGGCGAACGAGGUUUUCAGCCCUGGUGAGGCUGAAGUGAAGCAAGCCAGACGUGUUCUGGAAGCAAUGGAGAACGCGCAGAAGGAGGGCCUUGGUGCGGUCUCCUUGGAUGGCAAGCUGGUGGACAUCGCCUCCAUUAAGCAGGCCGAUGCAAUCGUGAAGAAGGCCGAGGCGAUCGCAGCCAUGUAA